AUGCGGGUGCUGGUCGUGAACGGAUAUGCGUCCCGAGACGACCCGCCCGCCAAGUAUGCGCAGUUCAAAGCGGCGGUCAAGGCAGCGUUGACGACCUUGCACGUGCACGAUGUGGUUGCACCGCUGAUUUUGGAGCGACACCGGAGUGAGCUGGAUGCGUUCGUGUACGAGAUGCACUCGGUGACCGCGGACCCGGAAUCCAUUACCCGCUUUGACCAACUGGACUUUGUGUUUGUGGACGGCGACGUGACCAUGCCGCCGUGGGCCCCGCCACUUCGCAAACUCUGCACGCUGCUCAAGAUGUGCAUGAUGACCGGAAAGUGCUUCUUUGGCGCGGGCGUCAGCGCGGCGAUCCUCGCGUACCUCUGCUCGACAGGCGGCGAGCUCUUGCAAGCCGUGAACGGCCACGGCCGCGGCUGCCCCCUCCGGUCGGUGCCGAGCGCCCGCCCCCAAAAACGGUACUGCAACUGCAUGGACAUCAACUCGCACAUUGUGCUGCUCGACAGCGAGACAGGCGAUUACUUUAGCUACAACGUCCGUCACAAUACAUGGGAGCCCAAAGGCAACACGGGCCUGGUCAUGCACACGAGCGAUCGGGACCGCCCGUACGGCGCGCGACCGAGUUCUGCGCGUGCAGGCACCCGCAAGCCCAACAACCAUACAAGUCCUGCUUUCGUCUCUAAGCUCGCUGACGUGCAAUGCUGCGGCCGCAUCGAACAGCGCGCGCACGCGUACCUUAAGGGUCUCGAGCUCUCUCAAUUUGUCGUCAACUGUCCGAGCAAGUGGGAUCUAGACGAGACGAUCACGCACACCAGCGGCAACCGCUACACGGUGUUUCUCGACAGCCAACGGGGCCCACUGCUCAUUGAAUUUGGCAACGCGCUCUGUGCCCACUUUACGGUCGCCACGACGUACCCCGCUACAUGCACGAUCCUGGCCAACUAUGUCAACGCCAAAUUCGACAUGAUUCGCGUCCACGAACACGUCGACCGCACGUACGUGGCUUCGAUUACUGGCGCCGUGCCGACCGAGACGGGCAUGCCCACGGGUGCGUUCAAGAGCACGAGCGUACUGCCCGCCGUGAGUCUCGACCAGACUACAAAAGGUCGAACGUCGCCCAAAAAAUGCAAGUCCGUGGCCGUCUCGACGUCCAAGUUACGACCGCGCUCGGCGGCCGCGACCACACAACCGCCUGUGUACGCCCGACGACUGCACUCGGCGCUAUCCCACACCACUGCGGCGCCCCAGCGUCCACCGUCCAAUCAAUCGCCCCCCAAAGCCCCCGCGACGCAAGCCCCUAUCUUCACGCUGCCGGUUCGUCGGCUCGUUGAACAAGAAGCCAAGAAGCCAUACUGCGCACACGCCAAGUUUGAGAAGCUGCGGCUUCGCGACGCGACACAAGGCGGGUUCUACUCGGUGGUCAACGACGGACCGUACCGCGGCUCGUACGAGCAGCAAGUUAUUGACGACGAGAAAAACAAACUCAAGUGGGUGGGGGGUCCGUUCCGCACCACGUUUGGCCGCGCGUCGAGCCAUGAAUUCAUCGACGACGGGAUUCUCGGCCCAGGCGAGCCCUACGACGUGACGCACACGACAGCGUACGUCUUGGAGCCAGAGCGCAACCACCACCAGCACCCGCACAUCCGCCCCCAGCCUCGACGAGCGGCCCCCCGACCGUCGACAACUUCGCUUUUGUAG